AUGCGACUCCCGCUCCAAAGUGUGGGUAGCAUCCAGGUUGUUUCCGACAUUUUAAUGUUCAUAUUACCCCAAAAGAUCAUCUGGGGUCUACAAAUGAACUUGCAGAAGAAGCUGGGUGUAUCCAUCAUAUUCGGAGUUGGUAUACUUGCUUCGGUCGCAGCCUGUUUCCGCUUAUCCCACACAAUCAAGUUUGCGAAUGAACCCGACAGCAUGUACCUCAUCAGUCCAAUCUUAUUCUGGGCAUGUGGCGAGAUGACUUGCGGCUUCUUCAUUUUCAGCAUACCCUGUCUCUCAAGGAUGAUCAAGGAAUCAGGACUUCCGCAGAGAGUGAAAAGUGUUCUCAAUUUCAGCGGCACCAGAUCCAGCAAUUCGACAUACGAAAACUCGAACUCCCUUGCACCUGUUUCUAGAUCCUGGAAAAAGAACAAUGCCGAAGCCACCUGGUCGAAUCUGGAUGACGACGAUAUCCCAUUGGGGGCUCCUGGGGCGUCAGAAUCAAAGGAGAAUCUGCGUUGUACCCGAUCUCGCGAUCGUAAAAAUACCAUUCAGGUGGUUCACACCACCAACGUCACGGUUUCUAAGGAAAGACCCUCUGGUGAUGGAGUUUCUUCACCUGUUACGCCGUAG